AUGCCCAGCCAGACCCAGACGCAGGUGAAGCUAGACUUUCCUGAGAAGCUGAUUCAAUCGGGCAAGAAGGAGAAUACGGACGCUUUACUCAAACGAAUCAAAACCCUUCAUCAGAGACUAGCUGCUCUAGAACAAGAUAACGUCGAUGUACGAUCUUUGGAUCCUAUUCGGAAACCUCUUAUACACCAAACUAUUUUACAUCACAAAGAUCGGGGCGUGAAGAUUUAUGCCGCUUGUUGCCUUGCCGAUGUCUUGAGGUUAUACGCACCAGAUGCACCUUACACCGGGGAUGAACUCAGAGACAUCUUCCAAUUUUUCCUCGCUCAGCUCGAAAAUUUGAGAGCACCCGUCAUACGUCCUCUGCAACCGAGUAGGACGAAAUCUAAUAAUGCGGACGCUCCUCCUCAAGCUUCUCAGAGGAUCACCGACGUGGCAUAUUACUCCGAGUACUGUUACUUGCUAGAAAGUCUGGCGACGAUCAAGAGUGUGGUGCUGGCCUGUGAUGUGCCAGAUGGGGAUGUGUUGGUGGCUCGGUUUUUUCAAGACUUCAUGGACAUCAUCCGUCCUGAUAUGAGCAAAAAUCUCAUACGUUACAUGGUCGACAUUCUCGUCGUGUUGAUCGAGGAAUCAGCUUCCAUUCCAUUCGGAGUUAUGGAUUGUAUCAUUGAGCAAUUCACAAAGCCAUCCACUUCCAGUUCUUCAUUCCAGUUGAUCGUGGAAGUAUGCAAUCGUGCAUCCGACAAACUGUACAGACCGAUAUACGCCCACUUCGCCGAGAUUCAGACUUCUCACGGGCGUAAUCCGGAUUCGAACGAUCUGAAGAUAUUGACCGAAUCUCACAUUCUUCUUCUCAACAUCUACUCCCACUGUCCCGCUCUACUCCUGAAUGUCAUACCCCUCCUGGAAGAGAACCUGAAAGUUGCUGAUGAGAUACCGUUACGACAAUUGUCGACAAAGACCUUGGGUACCAUGUUUGGGGAAAGACCCGUGGUAGGCGCAGGAGUGGCAGAUGUGGCAAAAGCUUAUCCGGCUGCAUGGCGUGCUUGGCUAGGAAGAAGAGUUGACAAGGCUUUGGUCGUACGAUUGGCGUGGGUGGAAGCUGCGCGUGGUGUCUUAGCAAAGAACCCAGAAUUGCGGAAGGAGAUGGAAGAGGCGCUCGUAGAUCGAAUUCAGGAUGCGGACGAAAGAGUGAGAGCGGCCAUUUGCAAAGUGAUUGGCUCUUUGGAUUUUGAGACUGCUCUUCAUCAUCUUGAUGCCGUCUCCUUGAAGGCUGUUGGCGCGAGGAUGAGCGACAAAAAGGCAUCUGUUCGACAAGAGGCGGCCGCUGGUCUAUCCAAACUCUGGUCUUUGGGCUACAACGAGAUCGAGUCCAACAAUGCUCAUGCCAUUCGUCAAUUGGGUUGGGUACCUGAUGAAAUGCUUCGCUGUCUGUUGCGCAAAGAUGCGCCCCCAGACCUCAGAAAUCAAAUCACGACGAUCUUUCGUCAAGUGAUUCUUCCUUUACCUGCCAAGGCCGACGAUGAGCAAGCUUGGGUUGACCGCCUGCUCCUAGUAGCCUCAAGGUUACUGAACGACGAAUCUGACGAGUCGUUUGUGGCCUUGGAACGACUGACUGGGUUGCGGGGAUAUGCAAAAGGUGCUUCUCCAUACCGAACAUUCAUCGUCUCUUGUGAGGAAUACAACGGCGGAGUAGUCGACUCGGCCAAAGAACUUGUCAAGGCCCGUUUGGCAUUUGUGACACGAGCCAUCGCCAGUUUCUUCGCCGAUGCCGAUAAGGCCAGAAAGGACAUCGAGGCAUUCGCUGCAGCAAAUGAAGCUCGACUAUACAAAUUGUUCAAGACCUGUGCUGAUCCGCAAACCAAUCUACGGGAUCUGAUCAAAGCUCGCAACGAAUUUCUCCGCAAGCUGGAACAAUCGCAUACGGACAUUUUGGAGACGUUUACUUUCAUCAUCGAUGACGCUUCAUUCAAUAUCAUCAACAAAACGGCCAUACCCCUAAUUCUCAAAGCCGCCCAGCGUCCGCCGGCUGGUCGGCAGGGUGAAGCUAUAGCCGCAGCUUCCUUCCGUAUCUUAAAGUUGAUCGCCAAGGAGUGUGCACCAAUGUAUCGUGACUAUGUGCAACAGCUGGUGAUUGUCAUGAACGAGAAGAAAAAUGAUCGUCUGUGCGAGACUGCUUUACGUGCGUUAUCGGCAAUAUGUAAAGUUGAGCCGGAGUCGGCACCACAGGACAGGAAGGUAGCCGAGAGAGCUAUGAAACUAGCUUUGGAGGGAACGGUCAAACAGGCCAAGCUUGCAGCACGAUUCUUAGCGAACUCCAAACACAAGGAUCUGUGUGUGGAUCUGAUCAAAGAUCUGAUAGAACAAUUGAAAGAAAGCGGAGGCGAUCAUAUACUUUCUCACCUUCGAGCUCUUGCGGAACUUGCUCUGUCAGCUCCAUCAGCGUUCGAGCAAGAAAGUGAAGAAAUCAUCCGCUUUGUCAUUGACGACAUCAUGGCCAAACCAUCUCCAUCGACCGACGAUACAACCGAAGACGCUUGGACCGAUGAAGAGAACCUUAAUAUCCACGAUCGGGCCAAAUUGAUAGGUAUGAAGAUAUGUGCUCAUAGAUGUUUGGGUUAUGCCCGAGAAGCAGAUGCUGCGGUCAUCUUCCGUCCGACUCUACAGAUGCUGGUGUCGAUCUUGAAACAUGAAGGAGCUGUGAAUGAGAACACCAUGGAAGGAGGUUAUGCCAGGACGCACAUGCGCUUACGAGCUACUCUAUGUCUGCUGAAACUGGCCAAAGUACGAGUGUUCGAUAAAGCCAUGACGGAGUAUUUCCAGGAGAUAACGUAUACCAUUCAAGAUCCGGUCUUUCAAGUCCGAAAUCGAUUCUUGCAUAAACUCUUGGAAGUCUUACCUGCUCAAAGAUUAUUACCACGGUGGAACGUUCUCCCUGCUUUGUCGGCAAAAGAUCCAGAGGCAGAGAAUAUCCUCCUGGCAAAAGGAAUAUCGGCGUCUAUCAUGCGCACAUGUGCCAACCUUGGAACGGCCGAAAGAAUUGAUCGUGUGGAAAUGCCACUAGCACGAUUAAUGCUUCUCUUAUCUCAUCAUCCUGACUUCACAUGGGAUCCUGAGAAUAUGAAAGAUAUCGCCACCUUCAUCGCUUUGUAUCUCGAUUGCAUCGCUACGAGAGACAACGUAUCCCUUCUCUAUCUCAUAGCGGGAAAGAUUAAAACUGUCCGAGACUCUUUACUGGAGGCUCCUGAGGAUAACGAGAAUCUGUACAAACUUAGCGAGCUCACCCAAAUUAUCAUCCGUAAUCGCGCUCAAGUACAUUCAUGGAGUAUCACCUCUUACCCCGGGAAAAUCAAAUUACCUAGGGAUAUCUUCCACAAUCUCACUGAUCCGGCGGCUGUCAAUAGAGUAAUUCGGUCGAAAUAUCUGGACGAUGAGACUGACACGUGGGCUAAGAAUCUCGGAAAGAAAGCGGUCAACACUGCAGGACCAAGUCGGAAAUUUCGUGAUUCUUCGUCAACCACGCCUACCAAAAAACGAGUCCGAAAGACCAAACCUGCUGCGCGAAAGAAGGCCAAACGGACUGAUGAAGAUGAGGAUGAUCCCUCGGAAAGUGACGACGACGAUGAGGCUGAGGGAGAAAGUUCAGCAUUAUCCGCCCCUCCGUCAGAUGAUGAAGCGGAGGAUGGUGUGGAAGGUAGAGGAGGGAAGAGGGGAGCCAAGACAAAGGCAAAUCGUGCGGUUAGUAAGAAGAUGAGGAAGAAGAAGAAAGAACUUGAGCAAGAAAAGUCUGACUCGAGUGGAGAAGAUGCUUGA